AUGGGCAGCCUGCAGGCCCAGGCCCAAGCCUUGCUGAAGUCGGACCCCGACCUUGAUUUCGUCUUGAUUCCUGGAUUAGAGGCCCCAUAUCAAGCCAGGUAUCUGACGCGGGUUUUCCGCACGGGAAUGGAUGAUUCCAGCACCGACGGGAAGGGCAAAAAAAUGAAGCGAGCUGCGCCCUCCGCCUCGGCCGGCGUUUCCUCGAUCAUUCACGUCACGACCCUACGCCUCGCCCCCGCGGAGCGCACCUAUGCAACGGCAGCCGCACUUUGCCGACACUUUGGCUGGAGCAAUGUGGUACUCUUGAGCUCGGAUGAUGAUCGCAUGCAAUCUGCGCAGGGAUUACGUCAACAGUUGACCGCCGCAGGCAUCCAUAUCCGCCGUCAUCAAAUAUUUUCUCCUUCCCACACCUACCAAGGUGCAGCAAGCUCCGCCUCCUCCUCAUCCAUCCUUUCACAUGAUCUAGAUGCAAUCCGCACUAGUGGAACUCGUAUAGUCUUCCUCCUUUCCUCCUGUCGAGCCACUCACCAGGUUCUGAGCGCGGCGCGACAAAAGAAGAUGCUAAGGGAUUACGCCUGGGUAGUCCUGCAUCCGAAUUCUGCGUGCGCCUUGGAUGACGCGCCAAGCGGUUUUCACGAUGCAGAUGUCUCGGAGGAAGGGGAGUUGGCGCUCUUGGAGAUGUACCAAGGUGUGUUGGGCCUGGUCUGGGACGGCGCGACGGCCGCGAACGGCGCGGCGUGGUCCUCCACCGGCAAGACAAGCAAUUCGUCGGACAUUUCCUCGCAGGCUGCCGGUGCUCUGAGCGACUUUUGUAGAGGCAGCGAUAGCCACGCAUACGACGCCAGUGGCCCUCUAAGCGAGCGGGAGCCGGCGGGUGCCCCGGCGGAUGUGCUGGACCUGUCCCCUCGCUUCCUCUUCGAGACCAUGCGACACUUGGCAUCUCUUUCCUCCACGCCCUCGGCCAAUCCCUCCCCUGCGUCUUCGUCCCAUCCUGUUGGUGAGGUCAUGCGUGACACGGUGGGGGGCAGUGACAUGGACGGAGACGUGGUGCUGCACCCGGACCUAGCCGUAUCGGUUUUGAGCUUCUCGGGCGCGCGGCGGGCGUCAUGGGAGGCCUCAGGGGGUAAACCUGCCUCCAACGACACUCACGGUGUGAGUGAGAGCGCGAGCCGGGGUAAAAGACGUCGGGGGAGCAACAGCACCGCCAACAAGGACCCGGUACGGAUUGAGGUCAUCCAUCAGCCUAUCGCCCGCUUGGCUCUAUCCCCCCAUGGCAUCGAUCCGUCAUCCUCCGCCCCUGCAGAUCCCUUGGACAGUCUGGGACGCCUGGAGCUUUUGACGGCACGGCCCCUCCGGUGGCCUGGGGAUGUGCGAGCGCAGCCGCGAGACCUGGUGGAGGGGUGGGGUACGCAAGGGGAGGGGCCCGACUUCCUCUUCUCUCCCACGGCGGGGCGGGACAUGCAGGGCCUGGUCCAUGGCCUUGGGCUCUGGUCGGUGAUUUUUGGGAUGGCCGCGAUGUGCAUUGCCCUGACGCCCUUGUGGAACUGGGUGUACAAGCGCCUGUUCAAGCGCAAAGAGCUGUCUCCUCCCUGUCUGGACGGGGGCUGCGCACCCAUCCCUGCCAUCAGCGAGGUGAAGGACGCGGCCAGCCAGGAGGAAGACCGCGCCUUCAUUGCCACACGCAUGGCGGAGCUCACCGAAAAGCAAGCGGAGCUCCUUCGAUCCGUGGAGGUGGACAUGAAAGACGUGGUAAUGAAGCGGCGCGGGGGGGGCAUCGGCCAGGGAUCCUUCUCUAUUGUGUACAAGGGAUACUACCAGAACUCGCACGUGGCGAUCAAGGUGCUGCGACGGGUGGAUGAACGAAAUUUCCGGCGGUUCUUGGAGGAGAUUAUGCUGCACAAAGAUCUGCGGCACCCCAAUGUGGUCAUGUUCCGGGGAGCGUCGUGGCGAGACGGGCGGUUGCUGAUGCUGAUCGAUUACGCGGGUCGUGGGACAUUGGCGGACGUGCUGCGACGUUCUAAAGGCACUUUGAGGUGGAAACCUGUCAAGCUUAACAUGGCCCUCGGGAUUGCCAAGGGCAUGGCAUUCUUGCACCAGACGCGGUAUUACGACAUGUGGACGUCGUCCUAUCAACGCUGUGUGGUUCAUCGGGAUCUGAAGCCUCAGAACAUACUUGUCACAGACUCUUACCACGUCCAGAUUACCGACUUCGGAGAGGCCCGCACCGUCGACCACGAGAACACCAUGACCCAAGUGGGCACACAGCUUUUUGUGGCUCCGGAGGUGGUCCGGGGCGAGCGCUAUUCCGAGAAAUGCGACGUCUACUCCUUUGCGGUCGUCCUCCUUGCCAUGCUCGAGCUUCGGCCGGAUGUCUUGGACGUUUUUGCGGAGUCUUUGUCAGAGGUAGAGCGAAGCGAAACGGGUAUUACGAAGGAGCGACUGAAGGAACCGGAAGGCGUGGAGGUCACGGACGCUUGUAAAACCUGCCCGCUCAACAAGGCCAAUCAGCCACCGCCCGGGGUCUCCUUGGCGCAGGCUCAGGCGGCGGCCUCCACGCCCGAACACGAAUGCCCUCUGGCGCAGCAUAAGGAGUUCAAGGGGGUAGUGGCUCAUGCCGUGACACGUGCAAUUGUCUAUGAUGACUUCCGGCCCCCUAUUAAAGCAGUCAAUACUCGUUUCAAUGCCGCCAAAACAGAAGGUCAGGAUGCUAUCCUUGCCGUGGUUAAGGAGCAGUUCGGAAAGAAGGGCAAUCUGACUGCCUCGUCGACCGACCUAGGGUCAAAGCGUCUCGCCAAGAAAUUAGAGAGCUUGUACGAGCAGCUUGUGACGAUUGGCUUUCAAGAGAGAAAUGUCGAGCAGGCCUUGAGUGUAUGUACGCUCAGAAGUGGCGAGAGCCUCUCUCUAGAGGGGGUGCUUGACUGGUUAUGCCUCCAUCUGGGGCCUGAAGAGCUCCCAGCCCAAUUUGCGGACCCCAGCACUCAGGAGCUUAAAAACACCCGCGGCAACCUUGGCGUAGGACACGCAGGAGCUGUGGUCUCUGAGGAAGAACGCUUGGCCCGGAUAGCAGCGCGACAGGAGCAGGCCGACGACCCAAAGUACCGGGCUUUGAGGCGCGAGGACAUCGUCAGCGAGCAAGUCGAGGAGUCGCACGACGGGCAUGUCAAGCAAUGGAUUCUGCAGUACUCAAAGCGCGAAUCUGAGGCUGAAAUAGCUCGAAAGACAGAAGCUCGACCUCAAAAUUCCGCGAAAGAACGGUGGGACGCAUUACCACCUGAGGAACAAUUGGCUUUGCUAAAAGACAGCUACGAGGAGGAGAAGCUGAAAGCCAAGGAGGCUAAGGACAGCGGGCGUAUGGGGCGCCGCGAGAAAGCUGAGAUGGAGGCUCGUCUCAAGGAUAUUCGAGAGCAAAUGUCGGAAUUGAAUAUUGUGGUGGGGCAGCGGAGGCGAGAGAUGAAGCCACUGAAGGAGGGGUGGCAGUCAAAUGGCUCUGGGAGGGACACUGACCGGGGGGAAACAGGAGGGGGGAGGUGCGCUCUGAAAGGAAAAAAGGAGCAAGAGGAGAGCACGGACUUAGACGAAUGUCUGACGGGUAUGUUUGGGGACGAAGAGGAUGAGGAGGAAAUGGAGGACAAGGGAGUAGACCGAAGCAGCCUCUCUGGACCUGGUUCCUCGACACAAGCGCUCGCCAAGCACAAGGAAAUAACUGAGCGGUCGGUACUUGGCGGGCUAUUCGGCGACGACGAUGACAGUGACGAUACAGACGGGAGCGAAGGUGCACAGAAGGGCCGAUUCUCCCGGUCCACACGGUCCUCUCCCCCUCCCCGCGAGACAGCUGAAGACAGCCUGCCCGCUCUGUGUUCCCUCGCCCCUCCCUCGCCAGACCGCGCCGUACCUGGAGUUGCGGUAGAAGCGUCGUCCAAAACGGUUCCGCCCACAACUCCGCAACCGCAAUCGGUGGCUCCUGACUCAAGCCCAGCGCCUGCACUGGCCGUAUCCUUGGCGGCGGGCAUCCCCAAGGGCUGGACUGGCAAGACACCGCGGCGGCAGCUGGAGGAGUACCUGAAACGGAAACGUCUGGGCAAGGCUACCUUCCAAAAAACGCCGGGGAAAGGCUGCGUGCUCACCCUGCGAGACAUUUCGGGAAAAUUCGAAUCGGUCCAGGAGUUCGGGGCCUACGCCGACGCCGAGCACGCGGCCGCCACGCGCGCGCUCUACCGCCUAGAACCGAAGCUACAACUGUCGCGCGUCUUGCCCCCUCCGUUCCGGGACUGGUGGGCGGAAUGGCAGAACGAGGCCCGAAGGCUGCGCGAGCAAGAGGUGGCGGCGGUCAAGCAGGGGAAGAGAGACCGCAUCUCCCGACUUGUUGACUCCAUGAGGGAAGGGGCUGCGCUGUCAGCGGAGGAAGAGAGAACAGGCGAUGUGCGUCAAGGCGACGAUCACUGCCACGUGAGGGACAGUCCAGGGGUCCUUGCUCUUCCCAGCAUGUCGGACAUGAGUUGGGAGGAGCAAGUAUGCCUGGAUGAAGGCAUGGUGGAGGCCGAGGGGGGAGAACGCGGGGCGCCGACGAGGGGCACCGGAAGUCAACGGGAGAAGACGGGCGGUCCAAGGGGGGAUACCGCGUUGGGAGAAAGACUCCGAAAGGCCUUCGAGGCGAAGAGGGGGCAAGCCAGAUACCAGGAGCUUGCGCGCGUACGACGGGAACUCCCAGUGGCUGCGACACGCGAAAGUAUCUUGCAUAGCAUCGAAAAGGAGUCCGUGGUCGUCAUCUCGGGGGAGACUGGCUGCGGGAAGAGCACCCAGGUCGCCCAAUAUAUCCUGGAGGAAGCGUUGCUGCUUGGAAAGGGUCACAACGUCAAUCUUGUCUGUACACAGCCCCGUCGGGUGGCAGCCGUGUCCCUCGCAGAGAGAGUAGCGCAAGAGAUGGGCGAAGAAGGCGGAGCUGGAGGCCCCGGAGCAUUGGUCGGGUAUCAGAUACGGAUGGAGUCGAAGACAACUGCUGCUACACGGCUGACCUUUUGCACCACUGGCAUUUUGCUUCGAAAGCUGCAGACAGAUCCAGACUUGAGUCAAUACACGCAUAUCAUAUUGGACGAGGUGCACGAGCGUCAGGCAUUGGGAGACUUUCUUUUGGUGGUCCUCCGCGACCUCCUGAAACGGCGGCCGACCCUGCGUCUGGUCCUCAUGUCUGCAACCGUGAAUGCCGACUUGUUCAGUUGGUACUUCGGUAAUUGUCCGGUGUUUACAAUCCCUGGGCGUUGUUUUUCUGUGCAAGAGCAAUAUUUAGAGGAUACUAUAGAGGCAACAGGGCACUUUAUUGAAGAGGGCUCGGUGUAUGCGCUAAAGGAAGGCCGGGCGCAGUACCAACGGGCGACAGUGGAGGUGUCGGGCCGGGGUGGGAAUACUUAUUCGCAGGCGUUGGAAUGGCAAGAAGAUGACGCGGUGACGGAAGGGCGGCGCGGAUCGCGAUGGGUGGCAUUCAUGGAAGAAUGUCGAGAGGCCGGUUACAGUAAAGCCACGCUCAAAUCCAUGGGACGCGUGGACGAGUCAGUGGUCAAUUACGAGCUUUUGGAAGAUCUCCUGCGCUACAUCGUGGAAGUUGAGCCUGCAAAGGUCGCGAAGGGCGAAUCUGGCUGGAGGACAGGCGGUGCUAUCUUGGUUUUUUUGCCGGGGCUGGGCGAGAUCCGAGGAAUACUCGAACGCUUGCGCGGAGGUCGCUUUUUCCGCGAUGACAAUCAAUACUGGCUUCUUCCUCUACACUCCACCCUCUCCCCUGCAGAACAACGGAAAGUGUUCGAGCGCCCACGCCACGGCGUGCGAAAGGUCAUACUCUCCACCAACAUCGCCGAGACCUCCGUGACGGUCGACGACGUCGUGUACGUGGUGGAUUGUGGACUAGUCCGAGAGAUCCAACAGACGAAAGGCCGCGGGGGUGGAAGGGCGCUUGUCACAACCUGGUGCUGUCGGGCCAGCGCCAAACAACGGAUGGGACGUGCAGGGCGAGUGGGUCCUGGGGUGUGCUUUCGUUUGUUCUCCCGCCAUACGUUUCGAACUCUCAUGUCUGAAUUCGCCGUUCCUGAGCUACAGCGCACGCCUUUAGAGGAGCUCUGCCUGCAGAUUCGGGCGAACGAUCUCGCUCCCUCGUGUCGUGAAUUUUUGCUCAAGGCUCCCGAGCCGCCUGAGUUGGUGGCUAUCGAUGCGGCGGUCCGUGUGCUACGCGAAGUCGGGGCGCUGGCGUCUGCAGAGGAUGGAGCGGAGGGACGCGGACAGCAGAAACGAAAGGGAGGGGAUAACGGACGAUGCCUGGAAGGAGAGGAAGGAAUCCUCACACCGCUGGGCAUUCAUUUGGCCAAGUUGCCAAUGGACGUGCGUCUGGGGAAAAUGCUUGUCUUUGCAUCCCUUUUCCAAUGCCUUGAUCCUGUCCUUACUGUCGCCGCCGGUCUGAGCGGCAUCAAGUCUCCAUUCCUCGCGCCCUUUGGAAAAGAGGCCGAAGCGCGUGCGAUGCAUGCCAAACUUGAAGUCCGACAAAGCGAUUUCUUGACGCUGGUGAACACAUUUCAAGCCUAUCGAUCGGCUUGCCUGCAGGGGGGAGCUGCAGAAGAGCAUAAAUUUUGUUCCAAUCACUUCCUGAGCAAAAUUGCAUUACGGGAGAUGGCAAGCUUGAAGAGUCAGUUUUUCGGCCUGCUGGUGGACAUGCAGUUGGUGCGCAAGCCUCCAUGUCUCGGCCCGCAAGGGGGUGGCACGGUCAGCUACCGGGCUUUGGAGGAUUUCAUGGCCGGUCCGGAGGCUUUGCGGAAGGGUGGUGGAGUCAACGCUGAGGCCCAGAACAUAAAUCUCGUCCUGGCAGUGGUGGGAGCGGGAUUGUAUCCGCAUGUUGCCCAUGCUGUGGCAGAUCCUUCCAAGAAAAAUCCAAGCCUUUACCAUGGGCCCAUGAGCGCCCCAUCGAGCCCUGUCUACUUGCAUCCCAGCUCGGUCAAUUAUGGUGUAACAUAUUUCACCUCACCUUGGCUCGUAUUUCACGAGAAAUUUCACACCACUCGGGCUUACAUUGCCCCUACGUCGGUGGUGUCUCCCUAUGCUCUUCUGCUUUUUGGAGGGCCUUUGGUCGUUGAUCACUUAAAUAAUCGAGUGGUCAUCGAUGAGUGGAUCGAGUUUACCUGUCCUGCUCGCACUGCGGUGCUCUUUCGAGAAAUGAGAAAACGCCUUGAUGAGGUUUUAGAAGUCUUAGUUGCAAAACCCUUGGCGGGUUUGGCGAAUGUAGAGAGUCAGAAGGAGGGUGCGGUGGUCGAUGCCAUUGCCUCGCUACUCAGGGGUGAGGAGAUUAAGGCUGCCUGGAAACCUGGAAGUGGUGAUGACCCAAUGAACAAAGGAUAG